AUAGUAGAGUAGGAAGGAGAGAAGAGGACAAAGAAGAAGAAAAUAGAGGUGUUAAAUGUGGCGCCGUCAUGCUCUAACCACUGGUCGGUGAUGUGAAAAAGCUCCACCCACAUGCUCUCACCUUCACUCUCCACUAUUUGUUGACCUGAGUCCGAUGGCAAAGCAUGACCCGAACGAGCCCCCUCCUCCUUACUACUCUGUUGACGUGCACACCCAGCCCCCCCUCAAGUCCUAUGAGGAGGUGGUAUACGGUGUGGGUCCAGGCCUGACACCCCCCGUCCAUCCACAUUACAUCCCCCAGUAUCCACCACCUGUGGUUGUUCCCCAAGUCACACGGUCGGGCAUACCCCCCAGCAGUAGGAGGAAGAGAUGCUGCGGGAAUAAUGCUCAGUGUUACGGAGGGUCAGGGGGAGUCUUACUGGUGCUCGGGCUGCUGGCACUGGCCAUCUGGCUUGGAGUUCGCUAUGGCACCAGGUAUGGAACAACGACAUUUAUCUACCAUGUGCCUGAUGAGCCCGACAAUGAAACUCCAUCUUUGCCAGAACUUGAUAUCUGCCCCAACACUACUGUCCAAUGUGAUGGCAUAAGAGACUGCCAACUGGGCACUGACGAAAGAACCUGUGUGAGGUUUGACAAGAACAACGGCCUGCAGAUCAAGACAUCUCAAAAUGGCCGCUUCCUACCAGUGUGCCACCGAAACUGGGACCGGAGCUACGCUGACAAGACCUGUGCUCAGCUAGGAUUCAGAGGGUCCUAUGUCACCGGACCAUUUACACCCACGUCCCAGUCAGCUGGUUUAACAGUGACCAGCAGUUCAUCUUCACUUAUCCAAGGUCAGGUGGAAGUCAGUUCAUCCUGUCCAGACCAGAGGACUGUCUCCCUGCAGUGUGUGGACUGCGGUCGGCAGCAGUCUACGUCCCGCAUCAUUGGGGGCAGCAUAGCCAAGACAGGUCAGUGGCCUUGGCAGUUGUCGCUGCACUACAGAGGAUCCCACGUCUGCGGAGGAGUCCUGAUCUCUCCUGAUUUUGUGCUGACCGCUGCCCACUGCUUCCCAAAAGAAAAACCUUCAAGUCUCUUGCCAGGGAGUUGGAGAGUGUAUGGUGGAGCGGUGAAUCUUCAGAACCUACCUCAGCCCUACCUGGUUAAGAAGAUCAUACUCAAUAACAACUACGACAGCAGGACUAAUGACUUUGAUAUCGCUCUGCUCAAACUCACAUCUCCAGUUGUUUUCAACGACAAAGUCCAGCCAGCUUGUCUGCCAGCUUUUGACCAGCAGUUUCCCCCUGGCACCCAAUGCUGGACCUCAGGUUUUGGCACCACUGAAGCAGGAUCAGGCAUUGUCUCCAAUGAUCUGAUGGAAGUGACUGUGGACAUCAUUAGCACACAGACAUGUAACGGCCGCCAAGGAUAUGGAGGCUCCGUGACUCAGAACAUGCUCUGUGCCGGGGACCUGAGCGGAGGCAGAGACUCCUGUCAGGGUGACAGUGGUGGACCUCUGGUGUGUAAGGGAGAGAAACUUUGGUACCUGGUGGGGAUCACCAGCUGGGGAGAAGGCUGUGGUGCAGAAUAUAAGCCUGGCGUUUACACCAAAGUCAGCAGUGUUCUGCCCUGGAUCUACAGUAAUACGCAGCAAGAGAAGCCGUGAUGUCCCUUUGCUGCCUGCCCUCCCUUCCCCAAAAAGCCCUGCACUAUGAAGUAGAGAGAUGGAUUUACACAUAGAAGGAUGAACUGAUGAGAUGAUACUUUAGACAGGUGCAUGAAUGUUUGCUUGCUUGGCGAAGGGGCAGCAUGAAACAAUUCACACCGUGAACACUUGGACUUCUGUCUUGACGGUCUGCAUCAUCCACAUUCAUGCUCUGUCACACAUCUGUCAUGUGUAUUACCUGAACCUGAUUAUUGAUACACUCCAAUCGAUGUAUUGAACUUCAUUCUUGCAUUCUUGAUUUUAUUCUUCUGCCUCUUGGUGUCUCGGUCAUACAGUAUACUCAUGUUCACCUACAUGUUAAGCAAGCUUUAAAGAUGGCUGGCCCUUCUCAUGUGUUCUGUGCCAAUGACACAGUCCACUCUGCUGUGAUCUUCACUGGGAAUGAUGCCCUUUAUGAAUGAUUAUUGAUUGUAGAGGUGUGUUUUGUUUUCCUCAGGGACACAUCUCAGGCUUUAAUGCUCGCUAUUGUUUACCAUAUUACGACUUUAUGUAUUUGUAAAGAAAAUAACUAAGUGUAACUGUCCUGUUGAGCUGGCACUCUGCCUGUGCACCUGAACUGCUCCUUAUACUCACACUGUGAAAUUUCUCAGAAAUUGUUCUUCUGACAUUGAAUGUCAAUGUGUGUGUGCGUUCGCUGUGUUUCAUAUUUACGUGCAUUGGUCGUUUUGUGUAACAGAUUUUUUUUUUCUAUUUGUCUAAUGUGUGGGAUCACUGAGCAUUAGCAUACUUUAAAUAAAGAUCAAUUCAAAUCUU